AUGCAGGGAUUCAAAAGUCUGGUGGUAAUGACCUUGACCCUCUUCCUGGUGUUUUCUUUCAUGGGAAAUUGCAACAGUGCUCCGCAGAGACUCUUGGAGAGAAGGAACUGGACUCCUCAAGCUAUGCUCUACCUGAAGGGUGCACAGGGGCGCCGCUUCCUUUCCGACCAGAGCCGGAGGAAGGACCUCUCCGACCGGCCGCCGUUCGAAAGACGAAGCCCAAAUUCCCAACAACUAACUCUUCCAGAGGCAGCAGCUGUACUAUUGGCUUUUUUGCAGAAACCACAAGAAGCUGGAGAAGAAAACUUGGAUCAAACCAGAUUCCUAGAAAACAGUCUGCUAAACUGGUGAAAAUAUACCAGAUUCCAUUCAAUUAUCAUUCUAUUCUUGUUGAAAGCAUGAGCCAUGUGAAUAAAGCCUGUGGACCCUUUUUCCUUCGUUUGUAAUCUUAGGAACAUGUGCAGCCAGUUUUAUUCUUCCAGAAGCUAAAGUGAUGCUGCGUUCUUAGAACAUCACUGCUUUCUCCAUGACUUCAGGUCCUAUUUAUAUCACCUGGUGUCUUACUCUUGAAUUUAACCCAUUUAUAGUUACU